UUUUGAAGGGAGAUAGUCAUAUUUAGCUCGUAAAAUCACAUAAUUUCCGCCUUUUUUGCUCGACUAAAGUUCCUAAGUUAGUUAUAGGUAGUAAGUAAUUUAAAAGUGAUGGGGGACUUCAGAGUGCGCGGGUUGUUUAACAUGUUGAUGACAAGUCUCACGGUGGGGGUGAUGGGGACGAAGCUUGGCAUGUGCCCCGUCUACCCGCAGCAGCCCAACUUCGAAAUACAGAAGAUGACAGGUACAUGGUACGAAAUAGAACGCUCCUUCUACCUGAUGGAGAUGACCGCCAGCUGUACCGAGCUUCAUGUGACGCUGAACGAGCGAGGGUACUAUCUCAUCGCCGUCACCACUGUCAAUAGAUGGACAGGAGCGCCAGCCACAACCUACGGCGUGGGCAUCCCGAGCCACAACGGCUCCUCGUCCUUCCGCUACAAGCUCAAUAACCGCAUGCCGUACCUCAUAGGACGAAUGUUACCCGGCGCGGGGCAGUACAGCAUACUGUUCACCGACUACGAGCACUUCGCCGUCGUGUGGUCCUGCAACUCCGUGUCCAUCAUGCACAACGAUCGCUUUUGGAUCUUGGGUCGGCGGCGCGAGCUGAGCGCGGAGCUGCGAGCCAACAUCUACGCGUUGCUGCAGGAACUGCGGCUCGACCCGGACCGCCUGCUGCUCUCCAAGAACAACAACUGCGUCGACAGGCCCGACCAGCUAUUAAAGUGAUACUUCUAACAGAUGUGUUUUAUUUAA